AUGGCUGGGUCGGCUCGGCGCGUGCCUACGCAUCCCGCGGCGCAGAAGGGCGGCAUUCGCAGGGCGGCCGAGGCGGCGGCCAAGGCCGAGGUGGCCAGCGCCGUCGCGUGGGCCCUGGAGAUCACGCUCCUCGCUGUGACCGCCGAGAACGCGGAUGUCCGCAUCGGGCUCUUUGUGGAGGGCGACAAGGCGUGCGAUGGUUGCGCGAAGUGGGCUUCGAAGGAACUGCCGAACCUGACCAGGGCGCAGAUCGUCAAACACCUCGACGCAGGCGACAUGGACGACCUGUUCGAGAACCACCCCGUGCUGGGCACCGCGACGCCGCAUCUGCACGAGCGCAGCCUUCAGCUGUUCGAGAACAACCACGUGGGGCACGAGAUGUACACGAAAUGUUCGGCUCUCACUGAGGGUGACGUGACCAGGCUAUACGAGAAGAGCCCAAAGACGCUGAAGUUGGUCCCCUAUUUGGUUCCGAACCGCCCGAAGCCGCUGAUCAUAUACCCUGUGAGGUUGCCUGCUGGCAUCAAGGAGGACUACCCAGUACUGAAGAUCUUCCACAAGACCUCGAUUGGAUACGCUGCAGGCGCAUUCAAGGCUCAAGCAGCUGAGCUGUUCCAGAAGCACGGGCAGGUCAUGUUCGCGGGGACCGUUAAGUCGAAGGAUGACGAGGACGCGAAGGACGACCCCUCGAACACCUUCAACAGGGGCGUCUACGCGUCCAUCCCGAGCCACAGUGACAUCACCAAGCGCAAGGAGAAGGCGGUUGAGAAGGCGCGGAGGGGUUCGAAGCUGCCUCGCGCAGACCAGCCUGACGGGGACUCCAGCGAGCAGUCCGAUCUCGCCGAUGAGUUAGCAGCUGCAGCGUCCACCGUGGCUGGAGGGGCGGGAGAUCCAGCCGCCUCAUCGCUCGGGCCUGGCCCCUCUCUCACGAUCGAAAGGCUCCUCCAGCACGGCAACGCGGGAACUGGCGAGAACCUGGGCCCAGAGGCGCGGCGCCCGAGCGGAAGUGAGGUCGGUGCGCUGCUCAACAGAAGCAGCCCGUGCGACAAGAGGAAGGCGGGAGGUCCUUCGCCAGGGUCGGUCAAAAGCAUGAGGACAACGUUUUCCAUGGCGUGUGAUGAUAUCAGUGCGAACCCCAACUCCCUCGGCACCAAGGAGUACUGGAUACACGAGUUGGCCUAUUCACGCGGGUUCAAUGGCUACAAAUCUGGCAGGGCUGAGCAUCAGGCGAAGCAGUUGUUGGCGAAGUUGACGGGUACCGAGAAGAAGACCCUCCAGACGCAUAUCGACCUAUUCAACAAGUCGAAGCUGUUCUCCGAUGAGGCCUCUGCGAACGUCGACGACCAGGAGCUGAUCGACGCGUGGUCCGACCUCCAGAAGGCCGGGGCCGUGCUGACCCCGAAAGCCCUCAGGGGCCUCGCAAAGCGCAACGUGAUGAGCCUGUGGCACCAGGUCAACAAUCAGGAUGGCAGCGGUGCCGCCCUGCGCAAGCGAGACCUCCUGAGGAAGUUCCUGACUGCGUGCGUGGUCUGGGGAUUCGACGAUUCUGUGGUCAAAAAGGUUGAUGACCCAACAAAGGUGACGCUGGUGCAGGGUUGCUCGCACGACAUCGAGGUCGCCUCUACGUUCAUCGAGUGGGUAUUCUCCGACACGUUCUCAAACUGGCUGGCCGCAGGUGCCGCGUCCGCUGAGGACGCCGUCUUGUUCUGCGAACUUGCUGACGAAGUGUUCAGCUCCUUGCCAGAGGACGCGAACCUUGGGGAGGCGGCUGCCAGAUGCUUCUUGGAGGCAACUACUGUCGUUCGCUUGCUGGUCGCACUGCACCAUAAGUACAUCGGUAGAGAUACGGACCUGACGGUCUUCGCCGACGCCCACAUCCUCGACAAGGAGGCGAAGAGGACGACUGGUAACGCUUCGGUGAUGCAGGUCAUUGGCCAGUCCUUACUCACGUCAGCGGGCGGGUAUUGGGAGGCAAAGCUGAAGUGGGCUAUCAGCAUUUCGGACGCGAUCAUGAUCCACGGGCCGAAGCUGAAGCAGAUGCUGAGUGACCUGGAUGGCAUCAACGGCAUUGUCCCCCCGAAAGAGGUACACGCAACCACCAUGCUCAAAAUCGCGAAGGACAUCCCUUACUUCGAGGUCGACCUCUACGAUGGCGCAUGCGAUGCCGCUAAGAACGAGCUGUGGGCCAAGGCCUGCAGGAUGGCAGAAUCAAUAGUGGCUGCCAAACCGUCCGUGCCCGCCACCGAUGACGACAGCCUUAGCAUUACGGCGCUCCAUCAGUGGAAGUUUCUGUUCAAGGAGCUCACCAAGCUCUUCCCGACUAACGAGCACGUCGAGCGCGCUGGCCGCGCCCUCGCCACGAAGAUUGCAGAUGUGAGCGAGCAUGACAAGUUCGUUCAGCUCGGGUCGUCCAUCGACAAUUGGGCCCCUGCCGACGAAGGCUUAACGGUUUCCUUAAUGACGUCGAUCAAGGAGAACCAGUCCAAGGAGUUUCCCGAAGAGGUCAAGAUUAAAUGCCUUGCGCUGUUCAAAAGGAUUGUCAGUAGUGUAUUCACUGAUGGGCCGACUUCGCUGUACACGGAUACCGAUAGCCGCAUCUUCCAGUGUUUGGAUAUGGUCGCAGAGAGAGUUCAGAGUCAGGAUUGGCAUUCCUCAACGCAGCUCGCCGCGAUGAUCCACUCUUGCUGGUCGGUGCUGCAGCUGAAAAGCUCCAUCGUCGCGGAGCUUGGCGAGGGCGCCGACCUGGCUAGCGAUGUCGCCGAGCAGAAGGGCAAUGACCUCUUCCGCAUGGUCAGUAAAGCGAAGGUGCACUUCAAGCCGCUGGCGCUGGACGCCGUCGUGGAGAACGCUUCGCACAACUUGAAGACGCUGCUGCAGGAGUGUGACGACUAUUGCGGCAGCAUCGGGGAGGCCAUCCGCAAAAAGCACACCACGGAUGUUGUCAACCAGGGCUACAACCUGUGCGAGGCAGUCGACGAGACUAACGGGUACACGGAUUGGGUGAGCAAUAAGUCAAAGGCGGGUGCGCUACCAGAGCUGCUUGUGACCUACGAGAAGGGCAUGAAGGACGCGCCGACCCGCGAGUGGCAUGACAAGCUUACAUUGCUCGAGGACGCCUUCGAGACCUUGAAGCAGAAAUCAGCAAAUUUCGGGCUUGACUACACAGGCGCUGACGAGAAUGUUGCUGCGACGCCGACGGCGGCCAAGCAGAUCAAGAGCCUCAUCAUUGAAUGCGAGUUGUGCUCGUCCUUUGCCAGCCCGACGCUCGUGGGCAACAAGAUUUCACUGAGGAGCGCGAUGGUGGCAACGCAGAACAAGCUUCGCAAGUGGGAGCUCACGCCCGACGACAUCGACCCGCUGCUCGUCACGCGGUAUCGCGACGCACUGCGCAUGAAGUAG